UUUUGAUUUUUCUCCUUGAGACUUGCUUGGUAAACCAAAGAAAAAUCAGAGAAAAAACCAAAUUUAAAAUCCCUAAUGGAAGAAAAUCUAUGAAAUUAAUUGCUAUAAAUUGAGAAUCCAGGAAACAACCCAAGACACCAAAUUAGGGAAACCACUUUUCAUUUAACCUAACAAAAUGCCUGAAACGAAGGCUCUUUUGCCUGCCAUCGCCACUCUUGCUGCUUCAGCAAUGCUUGUUCAAAGUAUUGCCAACGACUUCAUCCCUAACAAACUUUGGAACUACUUCUAUUCGGGCCUCCAUAACAUUUCGCGACAUUUCUCUUCUCAACUCACCAUUGUCAUCGACGAAUUUCAAGGACUAUUUCCGAAUGAAAUUUUUGAGGCCGCUCAUGCCUAUUUGGGCGCUAUAGUGACCCCAUCUGUUCGAAGAAUCAAAGCGAGCAAGGAUGCCAAGGAGAAGAAACUAGCAGUGUCAGUGGACAGAGGUGAAGAGUUAGCUGAUGUAUACGAAAAUGUUCAAGUGAAAUGGAAGUUGAUUUAUGUACAGGUUAAAUCACCAUUUGCUAGACAUCGGGGUGAUCUUAAUGCAUCGUUAAGACAAGAAGCAAGAUUCUAUGAGCUAACGUUUCAUAAGAAACACAAAGAGAACGUGUUGAACUCUUACUUGCCCUACAUUCUUGAGAGAUCAAAGGAAAUUAAAAGAGAACACAAGGAGGUAAAGUUCCACACAGUUGAACGGCGGAGAUGGUUCCCGGAUGCUGUCAAGCUUGACCAUCCAAUGACCUUCAAGCUCCUAGCAAUGGAUACAGAACUUAAGAAAGCUGUGUUGGAUGAUCUAAACAACUUUAUAAAUGGAAAGGAGUUUUAUAGAAGGGUUGGCAAAGCUUGGAAGCGUGGAUACUUGUUAUAUGGCCCUCCCGGCACAGGCAAGUCAAGCUUGAUUGCAGCCAUGGCUAAUCACCUUAACUAUGACAUCUACGAGUUGGACCUAACAAACGUUAAUUCCAAUUCCGACUUGAGUAAGCUGUUGUUUUCCAUGCCUAACCAAUCUAUAAUCGUCUUUGAGGACGUUGACUGCACAAUCAAGCUGAAAAAUGGGGAACCGAGGGAUGAAUCACGGAGGAACAACAAUAAAACUCAGGUGACACUCUCUGGGCUCCUCAACUUCCUUGAUGGUUUUCCGUCAUGCUGUGGUGAAGAACGCAUAAUUAUCUUCACAACGAAUCACAAAGAUAGGCUACAUCCUGCUCUACUGCGACCAGGCCGCAUGGACAUGCAUAUCCACAUGUCAUAUUGCACCACUUCGGCGUUUAAACAGCUGGCAUUCAAUUACCAUGGUCUUUGUCAUCACAAUCUCUUCACACAGAUUGAAGGGCUCAUACGGGAGGUUGAAGUCACGCCAGCAGAAGUUGCAGGACAGCUAAUGAAGAGCAAGAAUGCUCACAUUGCGCUCCAAUGCCUCUUUGAUUUCCUUCUCGAGAAGAAAAUUCAACAUAAAGGAGAAGAGGAAAGUUGAUGUCAUGGUUGAAAGGCAACAAAGAAAAAGGGAUGUAUAGAUAUCUCAUAUCGUUUGACAUGUAAUACGCAUAAACUUUGCAGUUUGCACCUGUUGAUGUGUACUAAAGAAAUACCCGAGCUUCCAUUUGUGUGAUUUUCUAAUAUAUCUUUUUCUAACCUUUCAAAACGAUUAUAUACUAAUAUUUGAAUUAUGCAAUUACUUUUAGUUCCAAAAUUAACUCAUCGCACCACCAAAUUCUGUGUACUUUUCAGAAUGGGCUCCAUAAAGAGCAAAAGAAACAUAAUGGAGGAAAAGGUUCUUACCUUUUCAAUCAGGAUGCAA